AUGCCGCGCUCCAGCUAUGACGACGACAGCGAGUAUCGCAGGGAACACGGCUCGCGCCGCAAUCGCUCCCCCGACUAUCACUCCGGCGCGGGCGGUGGUCCCGCCGCGGGCUUUGGCGACCCUGGCCGGCCCUUUCGCGACGACGCGCCCUUUGAGCGCGAGGAGAUGACGCUCGCGCCUCCUGCCCGCGACUACGGCCGCGCCAACUCGGUGCCGCCCAGCAAUGCGCUCGCCUACCGCAACGGCUCCGAGUCGCCCUACGAGCGUUCCCGCGGCGGUCACAGCCGGCGCUCGCGCUCGCGCUCCGACUACGACGACGACGAUGGCGAGUCGCGCCGGGAUCGCCGUCGCGGCUCCCCGAGCCCCAUGAGACGCGCGCGCCACGCCGUGGAGGAGAACUUUAGCAACUCGUCGACGGGCAUCGGCGCGGGCAUCCUCGGUGCGGUGGUCGGUGGUUUCGCGGCGAACAAGGCGGCGGAUGCGGCGUACAACCGCAACGGAAAGGGCGGCCGCGGCCGCCGCCACAGCGAUGAGAACGCGGUGCCCAAGGCCGUUUCGACGCUGCUGGGUGCCGUUGCGGGCGGUUUGGGUGCCAAUGCGUUUGCGCACCAUGUCGAGGGAGAGCGAGAGAAGAGGCGCGAGCGCGAGCACCCGCACAGAGGCCGAGACGAUGAUAGCGACUAUGGUAGCCGACGCUCUGGCUCGCGACGCGGCGAUGAUUAUGACGACUAUGACGACCGCCGACGUGACGACUACAGAAGGUACUGA